CAUGUCACUUGGAUGAACUGUUCGUGUCAGAGAGAUUUUAAUUAGAAAAUUCCUGGAGGGCUCUUGCUCCCAGUACGUGCUUAUUAACAUCUAAAGAAAAAAGGAGUUACUAGAAAAGCCUGAGGAAUGGACAGAGAACUCAGGUUACACAGGAAGGCAAGACACAGCUGCUGCUAGCAUAGAAGAGACACUAAGGAUGGCAUGCUGGAUUUUGAAUGAAAAACUCUCAGUCCUAUUAUUAUUGGUGUGGCUGGGCAUGAAUUUAUAUCUGUUUAUUGAUACCUUCCACUGGUAUGAAGAUGAAGAUGCUUACAUUUAUACACGGAUUAUGUUGGGAUCAACCUUGGCUUGGGCAAGAGCUUCUGCAACGUGCCUGAAUUUUAACUGCAUGCUAAUCCUGUUACCAGUCAGUAGAAAUCUUAUUUCAUUCUUAAGAGGAGCAAGUGCUUGCUGUGGAGGAGCACCAAGGAGACAGCUUGACAAAAACAUCGCAUUUCACAAGGUGGUUGCCUAUGGAAUAGCUGUAAAUGCAACCAUCCACAUUGUUGCCCACUUCAUCAAUAUAGAGCGGUAUCAUAACAGCCAGUCAAAGGAAGCAGGGGGGCUGCGGAAUAAACUUUCUGGCCUUGGCAAGUGGCCAAAUGAAAGCUACUUGAACCCAAUCAGGACCUACGAAACGAACACAACAGCAGAGGUACUGACCACCAUAGCUGGAGUAACUGGAGUUAUGAUAACUGUGGCUUUUGUUCUGAUCGUGACUUCAUCCACAGAGCUAAUCAGAAGGUCAUGCUAUGAAGUGUUCUGGUAUACCCACCACCUCUUUGUGGUUUUCUUUAUUGGUUUAAUAAUCCAUGGUACAGGUCAGCUAGUCCGGGGUCAGACACCUCACAGUCUGCUGCUUCACAACAUCACUUACUGUAAAGAACACUACUUGGAAUGGGAGAAAGCCAGUCAGUGCCCUUUGCCGCAGUUUUCUGGAAACAAACCUGUGGCUUGGAAAUGGGUUGUGAGUCCUGUGGUGCUGUAUAUCUGUGAAAGAAUUGUUAGAUUCUGGAGAUUUCAACAGGAGGUAGUCAUUACUAAGGUGGUGACACAUUCCUCUGGAGUCCUAGAGCUUCACAUGAAGAAGCAUGGCUUUAAAAUGGAAGCAGGUCAAUAUAUCUUUCUGCAGUGCUCAUCGAUCUCACCACUGGAGUGGCACCCCUUCACCCUCACCUCAGCUCCUGAGGAAGACUUCUUCAGUGUCCACAUCAGGGUAGCUGGGGACUGGACUGCAGCCCUCUUCAAGGCUUUUGGAGCGGAAGAGAAAGCUUUCAAGGAGUUGUGGAUGUUACCAAGAUUGGUUGUGGAUGGACCUUAUGGAUCUGCAACCACAGAUGUUUUUCGCUAUGGAGUGAGUGUGUGCAUUGCAGCAGGGAUAGGAGUCACUCCAUUUGCUUCUAUUUUAAAAUCCAUUUGGUACAAGUGCUGCAAUCCUAACACAGUAUUGGUGCUGCAGAAGGUUUAUUUUUACUGGAUCUGUCGAGACCCGUCCACAUUUGAGUGGUUUGCUGAUCUUCUGUUCCUUUUGGAAACAAAAAUGGUUGAAAAAGGGAAAAAUGAUUUCCUAAGUUAUCACAUAUUUCUUACUGGCUGGGACGAAAGUCAGGCUACUCACAUAGCCCUGCAUUAUGAUGAGAAGAUGGAUGUAAUUACUGGUUUGAGGCAGAAGACCUUCUAUGGAAGGCCAAACUGGGACAAUGAGUUCAAGCAGCUAGCUGAAAACCAUCCUAGCAAUAGUAUUGGAGUAUUUUUCUGCGGACCCAAGAAUCUCUCUAAGAUCCUUCAAAAGAUGUGCAGCUCAUAUUCAACAGUUGAUCCAAGAGGAGUUCAGUUUCACUACAAUGAAGAAAGUUUCUAGACUGUACUUCUCAACUUCCUAAUAGGUAUUACCAAGUUAUCCUUUUUCUCACAUUCUCCUGUACUCUAUCCAUUCUGUGGCAUUCAAGCUGUAAAUUGAAACAGUAAUGCUGACUUUAGUGGAAAAAUACCAUCCUAUGCCAACUAAAGAAUUGGUUCCAAUCCUUAGCCUUUCCUUCAAAGAACUCAAGGGCCAGUUUCUUAUUGCUUAGUUGAUGAUGCACUGAAUCCAACCACAUCUGUUUGAAAACACAUACAAAUCACUAAACUUUGAAGAAAAAGGCAUGAGAAAAAAAGGAAAUGAAGAACUGUACCUCACUGUUGUAUGUGAUCAAACUACUACUGCAGGCAAUACUAUCAUUCCUGCUGUUUAAAUCAUGCCCAGCCAUUCAAAGCAUUUUCCUUCCUGGUGUUCUGAUCUUGCACUUCUAGCCUCCAACUGCGUACACAUCCACAUCACCUUCUGUGUCAUAGAAAUACCGUUUAAAUAUAUGCUUUCCAAUGAAUUCCUUUUGACCUACCAAAGCAGGCAACAUUUAAACAUGCUGUUUCUGCAGCAGUACUGGCAGUGCAUUCCAUAAGCUAAUAUUUUCUGAAGGUUAAGGAGAUUGCAGAAAUUUUUGCACUCAGCAAAUGUAUCCCCUGAGAGAGGUAGCUGAAACUGUAGGCAAAAGUUUCAUGUGUCCUUUAAAUGCCACACUGCUUCCUGAGCACUGUAGAAAGGACUGCAGAAAGAUAGAGAAUCGUGGGUAUCACAGAUUGUUUGGUGUGAAAAGGGACCUCUGGAGGUCAUGUGGUCCUGAGUCAUGUACCCCUUCUUUCAUUUCCUGUGCACUUCGUUUUUGUGCUGCCAUCCUCCACAGCAAGAUGGAUCAUCUUUGAGCUUGGAGGAGAUGAUCUUUCUGGAUUCCCCUUUUCUCCAGAAUCACACUGCACGUGAUUUUUCCGGGCAGGUCCCUAAACAAUCCUAAAUCUGCUCUCCUGAAGCAUAGGAUUGUGAUUUUGCUAUUUGCUUUGUACCUUCAUUUGUGUAUCCUGAACUCCACCAUUUCACAAUUACUGCAGCCAAGACUGCCCUGAACCUUUUACAUCCUUCAUCAGUCAUUACUGGUUCAUAAGUGUGAUGUCCUGUAAAGCAUUUGUUUUAAUUGGACCUUUAAACAUCUUUGCCUAGUAAUCUUGAUCAUCUCACAGCUGGCUUCUAAUGUGUGGACAUCUACCCCUAUGCAGGGAUACAUAUAUUCCUGCCAUUCUCUCUCAUAAAGGACAAAUUCCCACCUCGUCAUAGCAGCCUGUAUUUCCCAAAAAGCCUGCAUCCAUCCAUUGUAGCUGUACAGUCAUAUGAACAAUCAUACAAUGCUCUUACAUUUCCAGGGAAAUCAUAUCCCCUCAACAAUAUGAAAACCUGUAAUUCUUCCUGUGUCCUCCCUGUAACAAGAGACUUACUAGGCAGUGCUUCAGAGAGGCAUCUUGCCAUAUGAGUUUUCCAGAAAGGAAUGAGAACUACCUUCAUCAUGCUGUCUUGUCAGAAGUUGCUUAUUCAUGUGCAUACACUUGGGAUGGGCUUGCUUCUGCCCUGUUUUGUUCCUGUUCACACUGUCUCACACACUUUGCUUGUUGACUGCAAUUCCUCACUUGGCUGUUGGUCAUCUGCUCUCACCCAUUGCUCCCAUUUCAAAAGUCUCCUCACAGACUAUUCAGUACGUAGACCUUUGCAGAUCCUAGGAGACCUCAGUUCUCAAAGGGAGUUCCAUGAUUGUGUAAACCACAUCCUUACUGUCAAGGCCAACUGCACAAACAGCAGUUGACUCACAAGAACCAUCUCCCAAGUUCCGCAUCAUAGCAAAAAGUCUUUUGAUUGGUUCAUUGUUAAGCAGUCUCAACAGAUGUGGUAGAAAAUGUAUUUGCAUGCCAUUUCAUCACACACCAAGCUGACAUCCUUGAAAGUGGUGGAUCUAAAACAUACCCAUACAUACAGCACUGCUUAAUGUUAAAAACAGUUCAUACCUGCAUUUCUUGUUUUUAAGUUUUCCUUGUAACUAACCCAGGCUUUUCUCCUAGGACACAGGCUGUUAUUUAAAUUGGUUGUUUGUUCUCUGAUAUGCUGACAUGGCUCUGAGAGGUUGAUACAAAACUGUGAGUUAUCUCCACCUUUGCAAACCCUCUCAGGCGGCUGCUGGGAGUUCUGAAGUAGUUUUCUGGCCAGCUCAUGGUCUGCUGCAUAUUCUGCUGUCUGACAGCUGUGCGUCAGAGACCUCAUCCACAGUCCUGUGGUCCCUACAGCCAGGGACCAUCUUCUAACUCUGGGACUGGCGCAAGAUGUGCAUGCCACAGUUCAACCAAUGAUGCAGUCUCCAGGAGAGACUGAUUUGGUCAGCAAGCCCUACAGCACAUUGUGUGUCAAAGUGAUGAAAUUAUGGCCUUCCUUAGUCCUUGCUCUUAUGUUCCAGUGGCUCUCAGUGACACAAGGGCUACUGUUGUGAUUGUUGUGAUUGUUUGUAUUCUUCAUAGCAGUCCUCUUUGCAUUCUUCACUCUCCAAUUCCAUCUUAGAGUAUCAUUAAUGCCUUUCUAAACCAAUGUUUAUUUGCACCUUCAGGUGCUACUUGUCCUUGUGAGUGGAGGGUAGGGACAAGAGAGUGUUGGUGAAUGGAGUUAAAUCUAUCUGGCAACUGGUCAUGAGUGGUACUCCCAGGCAUCAGUAUUGGAGUACUGUUUAAUAUCUUUAUUGAUGAUCUGGACAAGGGGAUUGAGUGAACCCUCAGUAAGUUUGCAGAUGAUACCAAGUUGGGAGUUGGAAUGAAGUUCAACAAGAGUGAAUGUUGAGUUCUGCACUUUAGCCACAACAACUCCAGACAAUGCUACAGGUUUGGGGCAAAGUGUCUGGAAGACUGUGGAAGAAAAAGACCUGGGGGUAUUGAUCGAUACCUUGGUUGAACAGGAGCCAGCAAGCAUGCCCAGAUAGCCAAGAAAGCCAAUGGUCUCCUGGUUUUUAUCAGAAAUAGUGUAGCCAGCAGGA